CCCGGCUGUUCAAACAUCGUCUCCCUCUCUCUCUCUCUCUCUCUCUCUCUCUCUCAUCUGAGGAUGAAUGUCAGUCUUUGGCAUGUGUGCGUGUCUACAGUUUGUUUAAAGUCUGCCGGCUGAAUCUUUAUUGGUUAUGCUGUUCUCUAUUGGUCUGCGCUCGGUUAUCACGGAGACCAAAUAGGCAUUUUUCACAGUGUGAGUAAAGUCAACAUCAGUCUCGCGCUCCGCUGCAACGGGACUAUCAGCCGUCUGCGAUCUCCACAUUACUCGCUCUGCUGGAAUGGAUACGGUGUCUUUUCUCUGUUUCAUUCCCUAAAUGGACCUCAAAAUAGACAAGUUCCGUCGAUUCACGCAGCAUUGGAUGUUCUGUUUGUGUUGAUCGUCUUUUCCCGUUGUUUGACGGCUGGUGCCUACGAUCGCAAACUUGUGUUUGAAUAGCCAAGCGCACAGGCGACAAUGGGUGCGAUGGAUAGAGACGCGUUGGUUGCGCUGUUCAUUUUCUUCAGCGUGGUUUGCGCGCAUACGGACGCGUUCAGGAAAGAGACCGCGGAGAGAGAGUCGAGGUCGGAUGGUUACUGUCCAAUCUUACGGACGCAGACGCGCGGCGCUCGCAGAAACGGACAAAACGAAUUUCGGCUCAGAGUUGAAGGAGAUCCGGAAACUUACCAGGCGGGGAGCAUUUACAGAGUGAGUUUGCAUGCUUCCAGUCCAUCUUACUUUCGUGGAUUUACCCUCAUCGCGCUGAAGGAAGGAAGGGAGGGUGUCAGGCCUGAUGAUUAUGCGGGCACUUUCAAGCUCAUCGAUGAAAGCGACACUCAGUUCAUGACCAACUGCCCCCCGGCCGUCACUGAGAGCAUCCCUAGGAGACGCAUGAGGAUACAGGUGUUCUGGACAGCGCCACCUUCUGGCAGCGGCUGUGUCACCCUCAAGGCCAGUGUUGUGCAAAGAAGAAUCAUUUUCUUCCAAGAUGAGGGCUCUCUUACCAGGAGAUUGUGUGAGAAAGAUCCAGGUGCAGCCACCGAGAAACCAGUUCAAGAGUGCUGCGCUUGUGGAACGGCAAAGUACAGGGUCACUUUCAAUGGAAACUGGUCUGAGAAGGCGCAUCCUAAGGACUACCCAAGACGUGCGAAUCAUUGGUCGGCCCUCAUUGGUGCAUCUCACACGAGGAGCUACGUGUUAUGGGAGUACGGAGGUUUCGCCAGCGAAGGCGUCAAACAGGUCGCGGAAUACGGAUCACCCGUCAAAAUGGAGGAAGAGAUUCGGCAAAAGGGUGAUGAUGUGAUGACAGUUAUCAAAACUAAAGCCCAGUGGCCCGCCUGGCAACCUCUUAAUGUACGGUCCGCGCCCUCGGCGGAGUUCUCAGUGGACCGAUCCCGUCAUCUCAUGUCAUUCUUGACCAUGCUGGGCCCCAGUCCCGACUGGAAUGUGGGAUUGUCUGGGGAGGACCUCUGCACCAAAGACUGCGGCUGGGUGCAGAAACUGGAGAAGGACCUGGUGCCGUGGGAUGCUGGGACUGACAGCGGGGUCACAUAUGAGUCUCCCAAUAAACCCAGUAAUCCUCAGGAGCGCAUCCGGCCCCUCACCAGUCUGGAUCAUCCACAAAGCCCCUUUUACGACCCAUCUGGUGGCCCUAUCUCACCUUUAGCCCGAGUGGUGGUGGAGAGAAUUGCGAGAAAGGGAGAACAGUGCAACACCGUCCCCGACACCAUAGACGAUAUCGUCGCUGAUAUCGCUCAGGAGGAGACGGAGGAACGAGACAACACUCCAGACACGUGCAUCUACUCCAACUGGUCUCCGUGGUCGGCUUGCAGCUCGUCCACCUGCGAUAAAGGUCGGAGGAUGAGGCAGAGGAUGCUAAAAGCCCAGCUGGACCCCAACACGCCCUGCCUGCACACACAGGACUUUCAGCCCUGCAUGGGGCCCGGCUGCAGCGAGGAGGAGGCGUCCACAUGUAUGAUGUCAGAGUGGAUCAGCUGGUCUCCGUACGCCUCGUGUGGCAUGGGCAUGCGGUCCAGAGAGAGAUAUGUCAAACAGUUCCCAGAGGACGGCUCCAGAUGUACAUUGCCCACCGAGGAGACUGAAAAGUGUGUGGUCAACGAAGAGUGCUCGGGCAGCAGCUGUGUGGUCACAGAGUGGGGCGAGUGGGAACCGUGCAGCGUGAGCUGUGGAUUUGGAAUGAGAAGAAGAGAGCGCAUGAUGAAGAUGGAAGCCUCAGAUGGCUCGCCCUGCCUCGCACAGCUAGCCGAGGUUGAGAAGUGCAUGAUGCCUGACUGCAAUGCUGUGGUGUGUAUGCUGUCUCCAUGGUCUGAAUGGAAUGAGUGCAGCGUGUCUUGCGGUAUGGGUAUGCGUUCCCGUCAGCGGAUGCUGAAGACGCCCGUGGAGCCCAGUCUGUGCCCAGAUGAGCUCGAGCAGGUUGAAAAGUGUAUGCUUCCUGAAUGCCCCACAGACUGCAUGCUGUCAGAAUGGUCAUCUUGGUCUGAGUGUAAUAAGUCCUGCGGGAAGGGUCACAUGAUCCGCUCACGGAUGGUCAAGCUGGAGCCUCAGUUUGGGGGCAUGCCGUGCCCGGAGACGGUCCAGAGGAAGAAGUGCAAGAUCCGCAAGUGCACGAAAGGUUCCCGAGCCAGCGACAAAAAGAAGAGACAGGAAGUUUCGGCGAGGAAACAAGUCAAGCAGAGACGAGAUUCUGUGGCGGAGGAGAGCACAGCCUGUCCGAUGGCCAGAUGGAGCAACUGGAUGAGAUGUACCAAGCCCUGUGGAGGGGGAAUCCAAGAGCGCAUGUUGAUUUUGCCGAAGAAGGCCAAAGGCGCAGAGUACAACCACUGCAAAAACUUAAAGGAGAACCGCGCUUGCAACAUGCACCCGUGCUAAAGUGACUCUGUAUUACUGUCAUACACACCCUGUCAUAGUCAAACUGUCUCAGCUUAUCAAGAGGCUGAAUGGAGCGGAAAUAGUGUAGUUUUAACAGAGUGUUUCCAGCAGAGGGGGCUGGCGAGAGUGUGUGUUCCACAGUUAGAGCUUGUAGGAUUUUAGAAGUACACAAUGUGGACCAGGCCUGUUAUCCGUGAUAGUUUUAGUUGCCUUUUUAGUGGGCGUAUAUACUGUAUAAUGUAUAACCAACACUUUUCAGUACAACUUCACAAUCUUACACUUAAACAUCAGCGUACACUUCUUUUUUUAACAGUUAUUGCCGUUCAAUCAUUAGAGGUCUAAACAGAUGCAAUAUACAUACAGUACAAAUAAAGGUAGCAUUUUUUGAUGGAAAACUUUUUUGUGAAUUUUUUUGCGAGUCAAUGCAAUAGAUGUGUAUAAGGGAGGAAAUGUUCUAUUGGACCCGUUUUGUAAUACAAAGUCGAAAACAGACACAAUUCGCCACCUGUAUUGAGCGAUAUCAGGGUGGGUCACCCACAAUCGAUGCCCACUUGAUUUGUACAGUAAGCAUUUGGUGAAGAUGGGGUGAUUUUUGUUGUCAGCUGUGCAAUUGGAACACCAUGUGUGGUUUUGACUGAACAUCCAGUUUAAGCAUUGGCCUACGGAACUUUAAAGCACAGUUGAUCGUAAAUCGUGAUAUAUUUACAGAGUUUAAAAUAGAUUUGUGACUUUUUAUCGCAUUGUUAGAUGUAUAAUAGGCUAAUGUAAAAAAUACUAACCGAUCUAUAGGAUUAAAGGCCUUUGAAUUAGACAUUUUAUUACGUUUACCGUGGAAUUUUGAUAUAUUCAGCUUCAGAAAGCCUUGCCAAAGUCAUGUGUGGAUUUGAAUCCAUUUUUUCACAUUUCUCUCUCCCUUGUUUUCUUUCUGUACCACUCAUUCCUUCCUCUACAAUAUUCUACUAUUUUGGAAUAAAUCUCCUUUACAAUAAAAGUUUAUGUGAUUA